AUGGACAGGAGAUCGUCGCGAAGAAACAGUAAUCUAUCAACUUCAACAUCAUCAACAACAAGAGGAACUGACCCUCAACGUCGUAUCACUAGGGCCCUAGCUCAAAUAAAUCAAGAAGCCAGUCAAAUAAUAGACGAAAAUAUCCCACAACAAUUAAGAUAUCUCUUUAGAAAUAGAACAGAUAUGAACGAUCAAACUGAACCGAUGGACAUUGACGAUGAGCCAACUGUAUCAGAAAAUCCAGUAUCCGUUAGUAGAGAUAAUAUUAGAGAGAAUAGAGAGAAUGAAGCGGAUACAGAAACCAAUAUUGAAGGAAAUGAUAAUGAUAUUGAACAAGAUGUUGCACAAGAUGAGGAAGUAGAUCAUGAAACAGAUAGUGAAGAAGAAGAGGAUAUUAUUCCUCGAAAUGAUAGUUCAAUGAAUGAGGAACCAGAAGAAAUAGUUAAUCAAAGAGUCUUUUUACCUCCAGAAAUUAGAGAAACGCUUAGAUCAGUUGUUCAAACAAAUACGAAUAGUGAUCAACUGGGUAGACUUGCCAAUUUCUUCCUAAUGCUUGAUCGAACAGCUCUUACAGAUUGGAAUCUUGAUUUGCUUAUUAGUAAAUUAGCACAAAUUGUUCAAAAAGUAAGUUCUGAUGAAGGAGGAUUAUCACUCGAUAUGAUGUUCUCGGGUCAAAGCGAUAUCGAUCCGGUGAUAUUACAAAGUAUCUUUGAAUCGAGCAUGCCUCAAUCUGACUUCACUGUGAUUACAAUGGCGACCAGAUGCCUGGGAAAUUUAGUUUCUACUUUAGGAGAUAGUGCAGAACAUAUGGUCUCUAAAUCUAUAAAAGAAAAAGUUGUACCUUUAUUUUGUGAUAUUUUGGUCAAAGGACCUCAAUCAAAUGAUUCAGAACAUUUGAAAGAUAUAAUAAUGGCAUUAUAUCAAUUUUCAAGGCAUAAUCGAGUUGAUUGUACAGGCAUCAUUGUCGAAAAACAUGUUUUCCCUCAUAUAUGGAUUUCAAUUUUCCCAUUUCUUACUGAUAAUGAUCGAAUACUUCCACUUAAACUUUUGGCUAAUUGUUGUCAAAGAGCUCCUUUGGAUUCUUUCUCAACAUUAUUGGAAGAGGCUAUAAACGUUCCAGAUUUUCAGAGUUUGUUUGCAGACCAUGAAUUGCCGGAUGUCAUUCAUUGGUGUUGUUUGAGUCUUUCUUUCUUGGUAUCACGUUUCAGAGGGGAAAUUAGUUCUUUAUCGAAUGUAAACGGCUUGGGUGAUCAUAAUCAAGUGCGGUUAUGGAAUAUGUUCACAAUAUUGGCAUAUAAAUCUCGUCCUAUAAUAAGUAAAUUUUUCCAAUUAGGGAUUGGAAAUGCAAUAUAUGAAGCAUUGACACGUAAGCCGGCAGGUUUCCUUGAUGCUAAGGAUUCCGUUAAAGUCAUGAUCGGGAAAGUACAAGAAAAUUUAUCUGAGGUAGAGGCAAUAUCUUUACAACCACAUAAUCUUUAUAAGCAAAUUUUCCUUUUCAUAUUGGCCCUAUUUCCCGCACUUCCGAGGUCAACAGGAAUACAACAUAAAAAUCAUGGAGCUUCAGUCGUCUCAACAACUUCAACUGGGGAGAAAAAUAAUAAUGAGAAAGAUAUGAUUGUUGAUUCUGAUGAGAAGCUCUGUGAAUCUCAAUUAGAUGAACGUAUUGAGUUAUCACAGUUUAAAGAGCCCGUUAAGCAUUUCGCGUGCUUAUUGGUACCAACAUUGAUAAAGGCAUACCGAGUAACCGAAAAUUGGGAAUCAAGAAAAUUGAUAGUGGCAAUUAUCUUAGUAUUUGUGUUGUACUUGGAUAAAGAAUUAAUGUGUGAAAUAUUACAGCAAUCUUCGAUUGAGAAGUUUUUAAGAUGCGUUUUUACCGCUUCGAGUUAUGUCACUAAGGUGAAUGAUCAUGUAUUGGAUCUGCAAACAUUUGCACUUGAAAUUGUUGCAUAUUGCUUAGAGAGUUGGGGUGAAUUCUUCGGAGAUAUAUUCGAUGGUUCGGGAGUACUUGAUCAAGCCGAAAAACUCAAUGAUGAGCAAUUGGCAAAAGAAACAGAAGUCCAAUAA